AUGCAGAUUUCUUCUACAAACAUCUAUGAAAGACUGUGCAAUAAGUCCAUCCGUGAAAUUUCCUUGCUACUAAAUAUUCCAUGGUCAACUAUUACUGGUAUUAUAACAAAGUGGAAGCAACUGGGAACAACAGCUACUCAGCCACGAAGUGGUGGGCCACGUAAAAUGACAGAGCGGACCCCACUUGCUGAAGUGCACAGUGCGCAACUGUCGCCAACUGUCUGCACAGUUAAUAGCUAAAGACCUCCAAACUUUGUGUGGCCUUCAGAUUACCCAAACAAUAGUACAUAGAGAGCUUCAUAGAAUGGGUUUCCAUGGCUGAGCAGCAGGAGC